CUAUUUUUGCAUUCAAACUUUCCGUUUUCAUUAUUCUUUCAUACCUCCAUUAAAAUAGCAUUAAUACCUCCAUUAUCGUCUUUUCUAUUCUUAAUAAAAAAAAUAUAAUGGCGUUCAAAAAAACGUUAGUACAGAGAUUGUUCAAUCUCUCUAGAUUCUCAACACCCACAGUCUCAAGAAAUACCGCAGUCGGAAAACCACCUUCUGAACCCCCGGAAACCUCUCGAAUAACGAAAAGAAACACUCAACGUCGGCCGCUAUACCAGUCGGCGUCGUCAUCAUCAUCAGCGGCGAGUUUCCGGUUGUUUCCGCCUCAAAACGUGGCAGAAAAGCUGAAAGAGAUUAACAUUCGUAAAGAUCGCAUUAAUCUAGGAGGUUUAUUGGCGCUUCCUCAUUUAGCACAUGAAGAAAAAGCGCCGGAGGUGGGAUUAUCGGUGAAAGAGGUGAGGAAGUUGUUAAGAGCGUCGCAAAUGGAGAUGAUAAAGGAGAAAUUGAGGGAUAUAGGGAGAGAUUGGGUAACGUAUAAGGAAUAUGUUGAGAUUAUUGAGAAAAGUUGUGGAGGAAAUAAAGAAGAUGCGUUAUUGUUUGCUAAAAAUUUAGAUGAUUCUGGAAAUGUAAUUGUUCUUGGAAACGCUGUUUGUCUUCGUCCUCAUCAGGAAAUUAUAACAUUGGUAGCUAAGGCCAUUCAGAGUCUAGUAACACCUCCUGUUACUGACCCAAACGACCCGCGGAGACAAGAGCUGGAACUAUUGGAGGAGCAAAAGGCAGAGAUUGACCAAAAGGCGGAGGCGCUAGUUCGAAGGGAGUUAUGGGCCGGGUUGGGAUACAUGGUGGUCCAAACAGCAGCCUUUAUGAGGCUCACAUUCUGGGAACUCUCCUGGGAUGUGAUGGAACCCAUUUGUUUUUAUGUUACUUCCGCCUACUUUAUGCUUGGUUAUGCUUUCUUCCUAAGGACAUCCAAAGAACCUUCCUUUGAAGGAUUCUUUCAAAGCCGGUUUAAUGCUAAGCAAAGAAAGCUUAUGGAGAGUUAUGAUUUCAAUAUCGAAAGAUAUAAUGAACUCAGGAAAGCAUUUCACUCCCAAAAUUUACCAUCCUCUUUGGAUCAUAGUAAAAUGAUCAAGUUUGAUCACCAACAAGCUGAUUGAAGAAUACAGAGAUUAUUGAUACAUUUUUCUUUUUUUUUUUUGUUGCUAAUUGCGGAUAAGCUGUUUCUGUACUAUUUUGACUCCCUAUAUUCAAGAGUCAAGACUAUGUAAUUCUUUGAUGGUGAUGAAAAUGUCGAAUAUAGACAGCUGCGGCUCUUGUAUAGAAUUGGAGAGGAGACUUGGUUUUUUUUGCUUUACUUAUUUUGACUUUUUUGGCAUUGCAGCAGAUGUACUUCUCCAAUUGAGAUCUAUUUAAAACGCAGUCCUGACUUCAUUUUAUACAGAUCUUUUCUCUUGAUUGCUGUUAAUCAAAAGAGCCUCAAGGACAAAACUUUGCCAUGGGUGAUACACUAAUUGCACUUUGCCAUGGGUGAUACACUAAUUGCACCCUAGUCUCUACUUUUGACGAUAGUGCAAAAAUAAGGUUGUAUCACUAUAUUGCCAUCGUAUUACAAAGGUUUUGAGUUUAUCGCGACUAAAAUAUAGGCCGCAAUAAAAAAGAGGUGUUUAAAAAGACCCGACAGCUGAUAAUACCGGACAUUAUAACCGAACUCGACUAGACCCGACAUCAAUAUUGAUUUAAAAUUAUGUAAAAAACAAGGUUGACAUAAAAUCCGAUUAUGAACCGACUUGAAACACAUAUGACAUAACUCGAAAUCGACUCGAUUACCUGAAUGAAAACCUUGAGGCUGCAAGCUUUCAAUAGCUGUA